GCACCCCGACCGCGUGGGCGCGUCGCAGGUCACCUCGCUGCAGCGCACGCACACCGAGGACGCGGGGUCCGCGGCUCUCUCGUCCCCUUUCACCUCCGAGCGUGGCGCGCGCCGCCGGAGGACGUCGCCCGGCUGGCCCGGAGCUGGCCAAUCCCGAGCGUCCAUGCAAAUGAGGCUCCUUAUCGGGCCGCGGCUCCGCCUCCCGCGGCCCGGGCCGUAGUAACCCAUUCAUGGGGCCCUGGCGCGGCGGCAGCCCGGCUCCGAGGUGCUCGCAGCCGCCGCCUCCUCUCCGCUCCGGGUCUUCCCCUUCUUUUUACAACUGAUCCUGUUGGGAAUUUUUUUUUCUUUCUAAAUUGCAGCGGUGGGGGGGAGGGAGUCGGGAGGGUGGGGUACCAGGAGGAAAGGGAGAGAUUAGGCAGUCAUCCAUCUCCUCCUGUUUCUCCCAGAACAGGUGAUGCUUCCAAAUUGUGAUCACUUUCUGGAGGCAGCGCUGCCGCGGGAAGGAUGCGAGCGACCUAGGACCGAGGACCCGAGGCGGCAGAUCUGAACUCGUGGAGGAUAAAUCCCAAACUUUAACCGCACCCAUCCGCACCUCAAAGCGUGAAGCAAAGGACGGGUUAUCUUUUUCUUUUUUCUUUUUCUUCUUCUUCUUCUUUUUUUUUUUCCAAGAGAGACUGAAACUUCAAUACUUGGCCCUUUUUUUUUUGGAUCGAUUUGGAGGAAACGGUUUGGUGGCAACGCUGGGAACAGUAAGGACAGUGUGGUAACUCUUGUUUUUAAAGAGACAGAUCACACUUUUUUUAAAUGUUUGGGAUUCAAGAUACUUUAGGAAGAGGGCCAGCUCUGAAAGAGAAGUCGCUGAGCGCCGAGAUGGAUUCGGUCAGAUCCUGGGUCCGGAACGUCGGCGUGGUGGACGCCAAUGUCGCGGCGCAGAGCGGAGUCGCCCUGUCCCGCGCGCACUUCGAGAAGCAGCCGCCCUCCAACCUGCGCAAGUCCAACUUCUUCCACUUCGUGCUGGCGCUCUACGAUCGGCAGGGCCAGCCCGUGGAGAUCGAGCGCACGGCCUUCGUGGACUUCGUGGAGAACGACAAGGAACAAGGCAACGAGAAGACCAACAAUGGCACCCACUACAAGCUACAGCUCCUCUACAGCAAUGGUGUCCGCACGGAGCAGGACCUGUACGUCAGGCUCAUUGACUCGGUCACUAAGCAGCCCAUCGCUUAUGAGGGACAAAAUAAGAAUCCGGAAAUGUGCCGAGUUCUUCUGACACACGAAGUCAUGUGCAGUCGAUGCUGUGAAAAGAAAAGCUGUGGAAACCGAAAUGAGACUCCUUCAGACCCUGUCAUCAUCGACAGAUUCUUUUUAAAAUUUUUCCUCAAGUGCAAUCAGAAUUGUUUGAAAACAGCAGGAAACCCAAGGGACAUGAGGAGGUUCCAGGUUGUGUUAUCAACAACAGUGAAUGUAGAUGGACAUGUGUUGGCUGUUUCUGAUAACAUGUUUGUUCAUAACAACUCUAAGCAUGGGCGGAGAGCAAGAAGACUGGACCCUUCGGAAGCUACCCCCUGCAUCAAAGCCAUUAGCCCAAGUGAAGGCUGGACCACAGGAGGAGCCAUGGUUAUCAUCAUUGGGGACAACUUCUUUGAUGGCCUCCAAGUGGUGUUUGGGACCAUGCUUGUAUGGAGCGAGCUCAUCACUCCUCAUGCCAUCAGAGUGCAGACUCCUCCUCGGCACAUCCCUGGAGUGGUGGAAGUGACUCUGUCUUAUAAAUCCAAGCAGUUCUGCAAAGGAGCUCCAGGGAGGUUCAUUUAUACAGCAUUAAAUGAACCCACCAUAGACUAUGGCUUCCAGAGGCUGCAGAAAGUCAUCCCCAGGCAUCCUGGAGAUCCAGAGAGAUUAGCGAAGGAAAUGCUGUUGAAAAGAGCUGCGGAUCUCGUGGAGGCCCUCUAUGGCACACCGCACAAUAACCAGGACAUCAUUUUGAAGCGAGCCGCAGAUAUUGCUGAAGCCCUCUACAGUGUCCCCAGGAAUCCCAGCCAGAUCCCAGCUCUCUCCAGCUCUCCCGCUCACAGUGGCAUGAUGGGCAUCAAUUCUUAUGGCAGCCAACUUGGGGUCAGCAUCUCAGAGUCAACACAGGGAAAUAAUCAAGGUUACAUCCGCAACACAAGCAGCAUCUCUCCUCGGGGCUACUCUUCCAGCUCUACCCCUCAGCAGUCUAACUACAGCACCUCCAGUAACAGUAUGAAUGGCUACAGCAACGUCCCCAUGGCCAACCUGGGCGUUCCAGGGUCACCAGGAUUUCUAAACGGCUCCCCCACAGGCUCCCCUUAUGGAAUCAUGUCAUCAAGUCCCACUGUUGGAUCUUCCAGCACGUCUUCCAUCCUCCCAUUUUCCUCUUCAGUUUUUCCUGCUGUCAAACAGAAGAGUGCCUUUGCCCCUGUCAUCAGGCCCCAAGGCUCCCCUUCGCCUGCCUGCUCCAGUGGCAAUGGAAAUGGAUUCAGAGCCAUGACCGGACUUGUCGUGCCCCCGAUGUAAUGAAGAGGCAGAGCUGCUUUCUUAUAGCACAAAACUACUUACUCUGAUGGACCAACAAUGAAGAAAGCACUAUGAGGUCUUUGGGGAGAUUUAUGCCCCCCACAUGAACAGAUGGACAGAUUUCUGUAUACAAGGAGCCCGUGUUACCUGGUUUCUCCUUCCUUGUGUAGCUCUGAUGGUGGCUAUACAAACUGACCCUCUUGGGGACAAGGACAAAAGAUGUCAUUGACGUAGUCAGUGCUAAAAGCAGAAAUGCAAUUCUUUGUUAUGAACAUUAUAACCACCUUCCUAUGUUUGUAAAAUAUUUAAAAAAAAUUGGCAAACAACUCAAGCUUAAUAUUUUGGAUACUAUUUGUUUUUCUUUGUAGGAAAAAAAAGUUGAAAGUUUCUAUUUUCUAUGAAGCCUUUCAGAUACCAAUUUAGUUUAUGCAGAAAAAAAAAACUGAACAAAACAGGGUACCAGCAUGGAAGACUUUCUUAAAAUGAAACCCGAAUUGAAUGACAUGUUGUUGUAUGUGUGUUUGCUUAUAGUUUAAUCUCUUUAAAAAAAGGGAAAAGUUUAAAAUGUUUUACAAUUAUUUAAAUAAAUAAACGUGUAACUUAUUGUAAGUAGAGGUAGGAAUUAAGACCUUUUUGGAAAGAGGCAGUUCUCUUUCUGAUGUAAAAUGAAACUGAUGCAAACAUGUAGUAACAAGUUUAAAAGAUGUGUGAUUAUUACUGCAGUUACUUACUAGACUCUUUCCCCCCCAUCCUGCACCCUCUUUUUCCAUCAUUUUAUUGACCCAUGGGCAAGAACAGGUACCUGAUGUAGAUUCCUACAGAACAGCCUGACAGAAACAAAAAUUCAAACCCAUGCAGAUAUAUAAUGCUCAAGCCCAUCAAUUCAUUCCCAUCCCCAUCUGCUUUCUAAAUAGUCUACAAGUCCCUUUUGGUAGUCACUCUGUGUGAAAUUUAAAAACAACAACA